AUGCGACCCGUGCGAUCCGCUGUUAACACCACUGGUGUCGCCGCAGGGGUGCACCCGCGAGUGAUGCCUAACCGACCCGACGGCACCAUCGACCCGGACCUGCUGCGCGCCAAGGUGCGCUCCGAGGACGUCCACUACCCGGUCACGAAGCUCAUCUGCCUGGAGAACACGCACAACUACUGCGGCGGCAAGGUGCUACCGCUGGACUACCUGGAUCAGGUGGUGGCUCUGGCGAAGGAGGUGGGAGUACCAUCCUGUCACAUGGACGGCGCCCGACUACCCAACGCUGCCGCCGCACUGGGGGAGACCACUGGCGCGCCGAACCCGGAAGGUGCUGGGCGUGGUAUGCGCCAGGUGGGCGUGCUGGCCGCCGCUGGUCUUCUGGCCGUGGACGUCAUGUGUGACCGGCUGGUUGACGACCACCAGCGGGCCCGGAGGCUGGCCGAAGGACUUAGCGUCAAGAACUACACCUUCAGCAUGCUUCUCGACAUAAAAGCCAUCAACAGCUGCGGGAAGCCCGGCGCCUCCGUGGACCUGGAGAACCUGCACAGCAACAUUCUGCUGCUGGACCUGGACCCGAACGUUAUGCUGCCCGACCAGUUCUGCCAGAGGAUGCAGGAGGCGCCGCCGGAGGAGAUCCAGGCGCUGGGGGAGCCGGUGGCGGUGCACAUGUUCCCCCAUGUCCUCCUCCAACGUGCGCAUGGGUGCUGCACGCCGACGUAA